GUUCUGGAUAGGGAGGGGUAGAGUGAAGAAGGCAGGAGAGGCUAGUGUCCCGGAGGACAAGAAGGCAGGAGAGGCUAGCGUCCAGGAGGACAAGAAGGCGGGAGAGGCUAGUGUCCAGGAGGACAAGAAGGCAGGAGAGGCUAGUGUCUGGGAGGACAAGAAGGCAGGAGAGGCUAGUGUCCAGGAGGACAAGAAGGCGGGAGAGGCUAGUGUCUGGGAGGACAAGAAGGCGGGAGAGGCUAGUGUCUGGGAGGACAAGAAGGCAGGAGAGGCUAGUGUCCAGGAGGACAAGAAGGCAGGAGAGGCUAGUGUCCAGGAGGACAAGAAGGCAGGAGAGGCUAGUGUCUGGGAGGACAAGAAGGCAGGAGAGGCUAGUGUCUGGGAGGACAAGAAGGCAGGAGAGGCUAGUGUCUGGGAGGACAAGAAGGCAGGAGAGGCUAGCGUCCAGGAGGACAAGAAGGCGGGAGAGGCUAGUGUCCGGGAGGACAAGAAGGCAGGAGAGGCUAGUGUCUGGGAGGACAAGAAGGCAGGAGAGGCUAGUGUCCAGGAGGACAAGAAGGCAGGAGAGGCUAGUGUCCAGGAGGACAAGAAGGCAGGAGAGGCUAGUGUCCAGGAGGACAAGAAGGCAGGAGAGGCUAGUGUCUGGGAGGACAAGAAGGCAGGAGAGGCUAGUGUCCAGGAGGACAAGAAGGCGGGAGAGGCAGGAGAGGCUAGUGUCCAGGAGGACAAGAAGGCAGGAGAGGCUAGUGUCCGGGAGGACAAGAAGGCAGGAGAGGCUAGUGUCCAGGAGGACAAGAAGGCGGGAGAGGCUAGUGUCCAGGAGGACAAGAAGGCAGGAGAGGCUAGUGUCCAGGAGGACAAGAAGGCGGGAGAGGCUAGUGUCCGGGAGGACAAGAAGGCAGGAGAGGCUAGUGUCCAGGAGGACAAGAAGGCGGGAGAGGCUAGUGUCCGGGAGGACAAGAAGGCAGGAGAGGCUAGUGUCCGGGAGGACAAGAAGGCAGGAGAGGCUAGUGUCUGGGAGGACAAGAAGGCAGGAGAGGCUAGUGUCCAGGAGGACAAGAAGGCAGGAGAGGCUAGUGUCUGGGAGGACAAGAAGGCAGGAGAGGCUAGUGUCCAGGAGGACAAGAAGGCAGGAGAGGCUAGUGUCCAGGAGGACAAGAAGGCGGGAGAGGCUAGUGUCCAGGAGGACAAGAAGGCAGGAGAGGCCAGUGUCCGGGAGGACAAGAAGGCAGGAGAGGCUAGUGUCCGGGAGGACAAGAAGGCGGGAGAGGCUAGUGUCCAGGAGGACAAGAAGGCAGGAGAGGCUAGUGUCCAGGAGGACAAGAAGGCGGGAGAGGCUAGUGUCCGGGAGGACAAGAAGGCAGGAGAGGCUAGUGUCCAGGAGGACAAGAAAGCAGGAGAGGCUAGUGUCCAGGAGGACAAGAAGGCAGGAGAGGCCAGUGUCCGGGAGGACAAGAAGGCAGGAGAGGCUAGUGUCCAGGAGGACAAGAAGGCAGGAGAGGCUAGUGUCCAGGAGGACAAGAAGGCAGGAGAGGCUAGUGUCCGGGAGGACAAGAAGGCAGGAGAGGCUAGUGUCCAGGAGGACAAGAAGGCAGGAGAGGCUAGUGUCCAGGAGGACAAGAAGGCAGGAGAGGCUAGUGUCCAGGAGGACAAGAAGGCAGGAGAGGCCAGUGUCCGGGAGGACAAGAAGGCAGGAGAGGCUAGUGUCCAGGAGGACAAGAAGGCGGGAGAGGCCAGUGUCCGGGAGGACAAGAAGGCAGGAGAGGCUAGUGUCCAGGAGGACAAGAAGGCGGGAGAGGCCAGUGUCCGGGAGGACAAGAAGCGUCGGGGAGGACAACUGUGA